AUGUUCAAACCAACCAUUGCAAUUGCCGGCCUAGGCUGUGAAAACUCGACAUUCUCUCCAGCCCGCACUAACGCAGCAGCCUUCCACCCCAAGCGCGGCGACGAGAUCUUGGAACAAUACCAAUCCAUCCUGCCACCAUCCGCGACGUUUAUCGGAACACUCACUGGCCACUCCUUACCUGGCGGAAUCGUCACACGAGAGGCAUUUGAACAACUCUCCUCGGAAAUCACAACAAGAUUGCAAAAGACCCUCGACGAAGGACCGCAACUCGAUGGACUUUGGUUCGAUAUCCAUGGCGCCAUGCAUGUCGAAGGCUUUGAAGACGCUGAGGCAGAAUUACUUUCAAGAAUUCGAAACGUCGUCGGGCGAGAUGUAGUGGUAUCUGCGUCCAUGGACUUGCAUGGCAAUGUCUCGCAUUCGCUCAUUUCUCAAUUGGAUCUCGUGACGUGUUAUCGUACAGCACCACAUAUCGAUGUCAUGGAGACGAAAGAACGCGCGCUCCGAAAUCUUAUUGAAGUUUUGAAGAUGAGGUCAGAAGGUAGGAAGGAUUACUUACCUAUCAAAGCCUGGAUACCAGUUCCCAUACUCUUAACAGGAGAAAUGACAUCAACUCGAGAUGCGCCUGCAGAUCGAAUCUAUGCCGCAGUUCCAGAGAUCGAAGCGCUCCCAAGUGUCUUGGACGCUGCAAUUUGGGUCGGAUAUGCUUGGGGCGAUGAUGCCAGGAAUUGCGCUGUAGUAGUCGUGACAGGUGGGGAUGAGAAGGUCGUAUGUGAUGGAGCAGAGAAGUUGGCCAGACUGUUUUGGGAUGCGAGGAAAGAGUUCAAAUUCGUGGCACCGACGGGUAGUCUCGAGGAAUGUUUGGAUCAAGCUGUGAAGGUGGAUGCGAAGAGGCCUUACUAUAUCUCGGACUCUGGUGACAAUCCAACUGCUGGGGGGAGUGGUGAUGUGACAUGGAGUUUGGACAAGAUCUUGAGAAGGGAAGAAUUCAAAGGAGAUGAUGGGAUGAGGGUGAUCUAUGCGAGCUUACCUGGACCUCAGGCUGUGGAGAAGUGUUUCGAAGCUGGAGUCGGGGAGACCGUGACUGUUACUGCUGGUGCAGAGGUUGACGCCAUUCAUCAUGGUCCGAUCACGAUGACUGGCCGUGUUCACUCGUUGAGAAAGGGAGAUAAGUGGGCUGUGAGGGAAGCCGUGUUGCAAGUCAGCAAUGUCUUCAUCAUUCUCACCGAGUUUCGAAAGCCAUUCCACAAGGAAGUCGAUUUCAAGAAUCUGGAUCUGGACGCAAGGCACGGUGCCGAUGUGGUAAUUGUGAAGAUCGGGUACCUGGAGCCAGAUCUUUACGACAUGAGUGCGGAUUGGAUGCUUGCGCUUACGCCUGGCGGUGUGGAUCAAGAUUUGAAGAGGCUGGGCCACAAGAACAUUGCGAGACCAAUGUGGCCCUUCGACGAGGAGUUUGAGCGAGAGCCGGAUCUGAGUGCAAGAAUUGUUGGACGAUCGAAUCAUGAUCCAAUCUAA